UUUGAAAGCCUUGCUGUGAGAUCUCAAAGUCCAAGGAAGUGGCUGUAUGAAAAGCCAUGGGAAGCUGAGCUCCAAGGACAGAGACCACUUCUCAAGCUCAUGUUGCUGCUCCGUGGUACAUAGCUGCUCUGAAUGAGCAAACUCUAUAGAAAAGAUGAAAUUUGAAGAUCUCUUACUGGAAACUGGUGGCUUUGGCAGAUUUCAGAUUUUGAUUUUGUUAAUCCUAUGCCUCCCAAGAAUCAACCUUCCCAUGCAUUUCCUACUGCACAACUUUCUUGCUGCUACCCCCCCUCAUCAUUGUGCAAUUCCUCAUCAGGAAGAAUUUGUGAACCUCACCACGGAGGAAAUUCUGCUCAUCAGCAUCCCCCGGGAGCCCGAUGGCACCUUCAGGUCUUGUGAGAUGUUCUCACAGCCUCAGUUUCACCUACUUCUCAAUUCCUCUCUGCAACCAGACAACGACUCCGUCACCCAGGACUGCCAGUAUGGGUGGGUCUACGACCACUCGCAGUUCACCUCCACCAUCUCCACUGAGUGGGAUCUCGUGUGUGAGCAGCGUGGACUGAACCAGGCGACCGCGACCUUCUUCUUCAUUGGCGUCACGAUGGGGGCUGUGGUGUUUGGAUACCUUUCGGACAGGUUCGGCCGGAAAUCUAUCCUCAUGCUGUCACUUGUGUGCUCUGUCAUAUUUGGGAUGCUGAGUGCCUGCUCCGUCUCCUACAGCAUGCUGGCUAUCACAAGAACCCUCACUGGGGUGGCCCUGAGUGGUGUGUCCCUGAUCAUCUUGCCUCUGGCGAUGGAGUGGGUGGACACAGAGCACCGCACCUUCUCUGGGGUCCUGACCAGCAUCUCCUGGAGUGUAGGGAACAUGCUGCUGGCCUUGACAGCAUACCUGGUGAGGGAAUGGCACUGGCUCUUGGUUGCUGUGACGGGACCUUGUCUUCUGAGCAUCGUCUGCCUGUGGUGGGUCCCAGAGUCUGCCCGGUGGCUCAUAGCCAAUGGCAAAGUGAAACAAGCUCACAAGCAUCUGCUUAGAUGUGCAAGAAUGAAUGGAAGGAAAGACUUCACUGUCUCACCAGAGGCUCUUAGAGGAAUGACUACAGAGAAAAAGCCAAGAGAGAGUUUCUCCUACAUCACCUUGUUCAGGACACCAGUUCUGCGGAAGAUCUCUCUGUGUUCUGGCACAGUGUGGUUUGGUGUUGCCUUCUCUUAUUACGGCAUGAGUAUGAACCUAACUGGCUUUGGGCUCAACAUGUAUUUAUCUCAGUUUGUCUUUGGCAUCAUUGAGAUUCCAGCCAAGAUACUCAUGUACGUGCUGGUGAAUCGAAUUGGACGGCGGCACAGCCAGGCGUGGUCACUCAUCCUGACUGGACUAUGUAUAGGAGCCAAUAUCAUCAUUCCUAAACCUUUCACUUCUCUACGCUCUGUGAUAGCCAUUAUGGGCAAAGGUUCCUCAGAAGCUGCAUUCACCACUGUCUACUUGUAUACCUCUGAGCUCUACCCCACCGUCCUGAGGCAGAAUGGAAUGGGAUACACCUCCUUCAUGGCACGCCUCGGUGGGUCUUUGGCCCCACUUGUGUUCCUGCUGGAUGAUGUGUGGAGGUCUCUGCCUGAGGUGACGUACUGUGGUGUAGCAGUGUUCUGUGGCUCGGUGGCCUUCUUGCUCCCAGAGACACUCAAUGUGCGCCUGCCUGAGGGCAUUGAGGACAUCGAGAAGACACAGUGAAUUCUUUCUUCCAGAGUGAAAGGACUGCUACAAACCAGCGCUCCUGAGGGCUUGCCAUUACAGUCUCUUCCGAAGUGAAGGACUCCAUGGAACAGCCAGAGACACUGUGAAGGACUGCAACACUGAGCCGUAAUCUGGCCUGCCAAUGGACUCUCCUCCUGGUCUCUCUCUGCAGGGAAGUGGGGCUGAGGACAUAUGUGGAAGGAGGUGGAUCAUAAAACCAGCUGGAGGGAACCAACCCUGCUCUGUAGUGUGGCCAGGACCAAAAGUGCUCAGGACUAACAGGAUCUGGAAAUAAAAGGACUCUAAGUUUGACUCUUCCACUCUUGUUGGACCAGCAGCACCUUUCAGAUCACUGCACAGCCUUCCAGAAACUACAGCCCAUUGGCUGACAAACCACAAGAAAUGUAAAAGAGCAAUAAAAACCACUGAGCGUGAAUUGUACAAAAACGAAUCUUCUUAAAUAAAUCUAGCUGGAUGGGUGAACCAUAAACUGUAGCUACAAAUAUUUAUUGAAUGUGGAAGUAGUCUGGAGAUUUUCCACAUGAAGACUCAAAGCUUGCAAAAAGUAAAUGCAGUGAUUUCAUUGAGAAUGGGAUAACUGCAAGCAUUUGCCCCAAAUACAAAAAGAUAUGUAUUUUUUGCAGAUAAUAGAUAUCUAGUGCAUAUAGUUAAAGGAACUCGUGAAUGUAGUGCUGACUAAUUCAGCACUGGACUUCAUUCUGCUUAUUGGUCUAGCACAUCACUCUUAGAUUUUGGGAAUGCCUCGGCAUCUUGCACUUCUGCAGAUCACAGAGAUGAGGCACCAGCUGUUAAUAAACCUGGAAUCCUGGGCGAAGAGUAAUUCUCUAAACUAGGAGAGAGCGUGGCCUCAGCGUCUGAGUCCCAGGUAAGCAAUGCCCAGGUCUCUAGCGCGCACAAAGACGGCUGUGGAAGCAGAUGAGGCAACCCAUCAGAUCCUAGGUCCAAGAGCGCCUCCUGGUAGAAAUACGCCGCACAGCAAAAUUUCGUUCGCCACAUUUCUGCUUUCAGGUAACAGAAGGAAAGCGGGCUCCUCGGAAUCAGCACGAGGCUGACUGAAAAAAGAGCGGUUCUCUGUGAGGAGCUGCAGCCGCCACGAGGCCUCCCUCAGCUCCUCUGCUCUGCGCCGAGCAAACACAGCGGCCUCGGCCGCUUCUGUGGGACCUUUUCAGGACACAGCAAACAGGUGAUGGAGAGACACCGGGGUGCUUCUACAGCGAGGGGCCGUGCACUUUGACAGAAGCGUGCGUUUACUAAUCGGACUAUCUGCAGGAAAAUGCUCUCCAUUUGCUGGAAAGGCGUCGUGAUUUCCAGCAACCAACGAGAGCACGCCGUACCCGAUGGGGUUUUUCCUACAGCGUCCGCGAGGAAAAACGGGGCGCUGACCAAACCGGGAGCCGCUCUCCUUCCUGCCGGCUUUGCUAAGAGACGCUAAGAAACUCCCCGAGCCCAGGACCGGUGAAAUAAGAUGACUGCGCUUGGCUGCAGAGCGUGCAGGAGGCAGAAAACGAAGACGCUCAUUAAGCUUUCGCCCUUUCCCUCCGAUCCCCCCACGCCCCUCCCGCGCCCUCCCUCAGCCCGCAGCGCGGGACCCGGUGCCGAAGGGGGCGCUUCCCGCCCUCCGCGGCGUCGCCUGGAAGCGGG